UUGAAGUUUGACACGUUACACACCACGAGGGCUCGUAUAUUGAACCAAGUCAGUUGCGUGUAUGCGUCUCCUACGAUCUUGUUGUGGUCGUCCCUAUGUUGUGCGCCGUCGCCGCCGCUGAAAUAUCAUCAAAUGUUACGUGCGGCUGUUCGCAACGGCGAUGUGCUAAGUCCACGACAGCGCAAUAUGAGGUUCGUCGUUAUAGCCAUCCUAAGCCUCAUCUUCAGCACAUGCUGCGUUGCCAAGCUAUCCGAUAAGCGACUCUGCUAUGACAAGGACUGUUCCGUGAUGAUUUCUACAGGUAAAACUACCUUACCUUAUAAUCCAACCGAUCCCGAUUUGCUAAGUUUUCCUGGCAAUGUAGAGGUCAAGGUGUAUAGUAAAGCUGCUGGUAGCAGAGAGGAUUUGUGGGGUGUAGAGAUAAAUGGCAAACGUGGUUAUGUAUCUAAAAAGUUUAUUAGAGAGUAUAAGAUUUUUAUGAAAGAUCUGAAACAUACAGUGCCUGUUGAGACUGCUACAGAUGAAACAGUCGAGAAAAAUAUCCCAAAGUCUGAAUCAACGACUGUGAGUAAUGGUGAUGAUGUCACUAGCCCUGUGCAAAUGGAUGAAAGCAAAGUCCAAGUGCUAAAGGAUGAACCUAGUGAAAGUGAUGGUCAAGAUACUAUCUCUCCUGAACACGUUACUCCUACAUUUGAGUCUAUCUAUGACGGCACUAUACUUCCUCAAGAAAUUGAUGAAGUAGAACCUGUCAGUCCAAGUUAUUCUGUCCCUACAGCAUUAGACAGUUCCAAAGUAGAAGAGAAUGUACAAUUAGAAUUGCAGCCAAAUAUUUUGAGUUCUACAUUUUCUGCCUUCUCUAAUCUCUUUAGUGGUGAUGAUGAAUCUGGAUAUGAGUCUGAGGAAGAUGAAGAAGGUGUUAAUCUUGUUACAUCAGAAAAAAUUCAGACUAAGGAAACAACUACAAAAACUCCUGGAAUUAUAAAAGAGCCUGAUAAAUCUAGUUCAGUUCUAAAACAAACACCAGAGGAAGUAUUUAAGAAUGAAGAACUAAUAAAGAACAUUGAAAUUGUUAGUAAAGUUAAUGUUUCUGAAAAAAAAGUUGAAAAAUUGGUUCCAGAAGUAAAAAUAGAAGAAUCAAUUCAAGAAGUGAAGACUGAAGAUACUGUCUUGGAGCAACAAACAAAAGAAUUGAGUCAAGAAGUAAAAAUUGAAGCAACAGUUCAAGAAAUAAAAACUAUUAAAACUACUGAAGAAAUAAUAUCUGAUGAAACUGUUCCAGAAGCAAAAAUUGAUGAAGUUAUUAUAGGUAGUCUGUCUAAUUCAUCAGUGCACCUAGAAUUAGAAAAACUUUAUAAAGAAAAAGAAGUUGCUAAAGAUCCAAUUGAAAAUGACAAAAAAGAAGUCAGCGAGAAGCAAGUUAUACAGGAAGAGAAAGCUUUUAUGCCAGCAGAUGUGAAUGAAGAAAAAGUAACCAAUGUGAAACAAAUUGAGAAAUCACAGGUCAAAAAAGACAGUCCAAUACACAUACCAAAUUCAGAAGUUGUAGUCGAACUAAAAGAGAAUGUAAAUGUUGGUAUUCGAACUAAAGAAGUUGAAGAAACUCCAAUUAUAACAAAUACUAAUAUUGAAAAACCUUUCCAAAUUAUUAUGGAAGAUGGAGUAGGUGGUAUCGAGGAAAAUGUAGAUAAUGUGCCAAAUGAGAAAACUAUAAAUGUUUCACAGAAUACAUUGCAUGUUGAACAAAAAAUAGUGGAAUCAUUAUCAACAGCAGAAGCAUCAAAUGGACAAAAACAGAUUGUUGAUAAUAAUGCAUUUAGUACUGAAAAUAAUACAAGUCCAACUGUGUCUUCUCAGGAUACUAUACUAAAUAAACAAGCAGAUGGUGCAAAUGAUGCUUUUGCAAAUUCUGCCACUUCUGAAGAAUCAAUUAUUAUAGAAGUGCCUUCAAAUCAAGACGUCAAACUAGAAUCGGUUAAACCAUCCAGUGAAUCUUUUGUACCUCUGGAACCAUUUUAUCAAGCGAAUAUUUCGAGUAAUGACGUCAUAUCAAGUAAGCAACUUUUGAAAAUAAGUAAAAAUUUGAGUGCACCCCAUACAUUUGUUGAAGAACUAAAACCAAUAGAAACUGAAUGGACUGUUGAGAAUCAACAACAAAUAAAUAAAAUUGUAGUGGAUAGUAAUAAUAAUAAUAAUAUAGUUGUAGACACUGGAUACACCGCAACGAAGCCUACGUAUAUUCAAAAUGAAUCUACUGUUGAAAUCGUGGAUUCAUCGAUAGAUUCCAAUCGUGAAAAUAUCGUCGAUAUACCGUCGACAUCGAGCUUUGGUGAAUUUCUGGGUAAUCGAAAUUUACUUAACGCUGGAAAAGGUUUUCAAUACGAGGAUCACUCUGAAGAAAUCGGAGUGGACAAAAUCGUUAUUGGUGAAAGUGUUCAUUCUACUGUUCCACCGGCAAGCGACGAAAGUAUUGUUGAUGAACUUAAGCAAGAGGAUGAAAAUAUUAGUACCGAGGACAAUUUCGUUGAUAGGAAUAACGAAAAAGUUAUGUUACCCAUGGAUACUUGUGAUAUUAAUUCUGAGUGUUCUGAUGAUACUUUGCAUAAAUAUACUGCUGAAGCAAAUGCUGUAACUAGUGCUAGAAAAAUGACAGAAUUUAAUUCUGACACUUUGUUAAUUGUUUGUAUAACGGCUGUGACUACUCUAUUAUUUUCACUUGGUUACUACUUCCUGGAAAAUAAAAGGCGAGAUGCAUUUCUUAUUGCAAAAAUCAAUAAACUUGAAGCAAAUCUCAUGAAAACAGAAAAAGAGUGUUUUGAAAUACAGGAAAAGUUCAUGUUUACAAAGACCAAGUUGAACUCCAUUGAAGAUGAAUCGUUUGGUUCCAACGAAAUGGUAACGUCGCUGAAGGCUGAAUUAGCUUCUUCUGAAAAUGUAAGAGAAGAGCUAGAAAAUCAAAUCGCAUCGCUGGAGAAAGAAUUAGAGAGUACAUCGGAAGCCGGUUUAGAAUUGGAGCGCAUGUUGCGUGAAAUACUUUCGUCGCAAAAUGAAGAAAAUAAUCCGCUAGCACAAUCGAUUGAAGAAUUGCAGACACGCUUAAACGAUCAACAGGUUGCUAAUGAGUCAUUAAAAGCGGCACUUACUACUAAAACUCAGGAGCUUGAUUUUUACAAACUUGAGAAUGAAAAUCUAACUGGAGAUCUCACUGUGAGUAUCAAGAAAAUUGAGGAAUUGCAAACAGAAGUGAUUAAAUUGACCGCAGAACUUGAAUCUGCAACAAGUACAAAGAAUAACAUAGAGGAAACAUUGUCGAGUAAAGUGGGACUUCUUUCACUACAAGUUAAAUCGAUGACUGAAGAUAAGAAUACGUUGCAAAAACAACUAAAGCUAAAAGAGUUGGAAGUUAAAGAAUUGUUGGAUGUGAUUAACAAAUUCAAUACAAAAAAUUUAGACUUUGAAAAAUUAUACGAAGUAUCGAAAGUAAAAGCUGACGCCGCGCAGCUUCUUGAAGAGCGAGACGAGCUGCGGACUAAAAUAAGUGAUGAAGAAGGCGCACGUCAACUACUUGAAGAACAUGUCAGGCUUAUCACAGAAGAAGUUACUGUCUUAAGCGAACAGUGCAAGGUAGCCGAAAAGGAGAAAUUAGAUGCUAAAACACAAUUGGAAGUGUUGAAACACUUCUUUGAAGAGAGGGAAGCUCAAAGGCAAAAGGAGGAAAAACAAUGGCUGGAAAAGCAAGGCGAACACUCGUCGGUAGUAGAGAGGCUACAAACAAUGCAAAAUGAAAUACUUAAUUACAAACAACGACUAGAAAUAUCAGAACGGGAGAUUCUCAAUCAAGAGAAAGAAUACAAAAGUACAAUAGCAGCUCUUGAAAUAAAAGCACACGAACAUUGGGUGAUGGCGCGACAAAGUGAGCGGCGCUUGGAAGAAAUUAAGAACGAAUCAAGCCAGUUGCGAAUUCGUCUUACCAAGGCCGAGCAGAGUAUUAAUGACGCUGAUCCCGAAACGAAAAUACAUCGGCUACAAGUAGCAGCCGCAGCGGCAUCGAAUGGCGAAGCAGAGCGAACGCCGUUGUAUCCAGGAGGUGAGACGUCGAGUUCACCGCUGAUGUUCGUACCUGGCGGUCCGCCACCACCAUUGCCACCAUAUCAUCAAUUGUUUCCAUUACCACCGUUCCUACCACCACCGACACCUCCUGAGACUUCAAGGCCAACUCCACUUGGUGGCGGUAGAUUAUCCUCUCCACCUCCUCAUCCAAGUAGCGCCAGUAAUCCAGCGACAUCGCCACCUUUAUCGCCACCUCCGCAUUUGUUCCAUCAUCUGCCACUCCCACACGAGCUCCUACCGCCUCCACCGCUGCCGCUCAGUAGUUCGCACAACAGCUGGGGAGACGAGCCGUUACCGCCACCCAACGCUAAUACAUUCAGGCCACACGGAUUUCAUAGGCCCAGAAAUCACAAAGGACGGAAACGUUUCUCAAAAGUGAGGCAAUUUUGGAGCACCAUGGAAGGGGUUAAUAAGUGAUGAAAAAGUCAGGUUCCUUACAUUCUUCCGGGGAGUCGCUGGAUAAGUCUCACCAUAGCAGCAAAGUUUAGUAUCUUUUCCAUCUCGUAACUUUGAGCAACGUAACCGAGUAAUUCUUUAUAUACAAUGAAAAAACAAAUAUUUUGACUAUAACAAGUCCUUAUCUGGAACAAUGCUAGCCAUUUUUUUAAAUUAAGGUGCAGAUUGUACGCGAAUGUCAAUCUUGCUGAAUAUUGAAAAUUUGUAAAAUACAACGUUAAACAAUGAAUAACGUUAGCUUUUGUCAUUUUUUUGAAAAUUUGUUUGAUGAUUUUUGUGGUUAAGAAAUGUUAAGUCUCUGUCGUUCGACACAUUAUUUGUAAUGUUCAUUAAUGAGUUUUGUCAGUUUUGUUAGUGUUAAGAAGUUAAUGAUUAAACUGCAUUUUAUGU